CUUAAAUGCCAUUUAAAUAUUCAUUUGAAAUUGGCCCUAAGUAAUUCACUAAGUAAUUCGUGAAUUACCCUGUUUCCAUGCCACACAUUAGUAAUUCGUUUGGCAGCUCUAGUUCUUGUUCUGCGCCAUUUAUUAUUAUUUUUGUGUACUGCAAAUAUCGAAGAUGGAGCUUAAAAUUAAGUUAUCAUCUACAAUUUUUAUUUAUAUAGCAAAGAUUUAUCUAAGUUGCACAAUUAUACACAUAGUAAAUCACAUUUUAAUUUAUCGGGAUAGUUGCAAAGCAAUAAGAAUUCUAUCGAUAAGCGUAAUCGUUUCUUGAUAGACUCUAGUUCUGACACAGCUGAUUUAAAUAAAUUGCGCAGCAGAGUGGUGUUAAAAAACAAAACUUAAAUUAAAUUAUUUAAAAACCAAAAAUACAGCAAAUAAUAGCAGCAAGUAAGCAGCAAACAAUAUGAGUAAGGUAAGUAAAUGCCACCUAAGACGAUUAAUUAGUAAAGAAAGGGCAAAAAACCGGCAGAGGUUGAGGUUAGGUACAACUGAGGCAUGUGCGGCUGCGCAAGUUGCUAGAUUUGCCGAAAUUGAAGAAAUGCCUCCGGAUGAGCCAAGUUGCUCAACGGAUUUACCUUUCCAAGAAAAACUUAAAAUAUGGGCAAUUCGCAAUCAAAUAUCUCGUAAAUCCUUUUCCGAACUCUUGACGCUCCUUGCAAAAGAAGGUAUGAAUGUACCCAAAAGUGCCGAAUCUCUUUUAAGACAUAAAUCUCAAGCUAUAGUAAAAAAUAUGAGCCCGGGACUCUACUGCAAUAUCGGCAUUAAAACGCAACUAGAAAAAAUUGCUGACCAAUUAAUUAAUCACAGCACAAUAGUAGUAGAUGUUAAUAUUGAUGGGUUGCCAUUAUAUCGUAGCUCAAGGAUGCAGUUGUGGCCAAUUUUAUUAUGUAUUGUUAAUGUGCCAAACACAUCGGUUUUCGCUGCUGGUAUUUAUGUAGGACAAUCCAAGCCAGAUUCUAUAACACAAUUUUUAAGCGAAUUUACCGAAGUUGCAGAACUUCUGGUUUCGAAUGCAAUGGUCGCUGCAUUACGUUUCAGGUUAGGGCUUUUAUUUGUGAUGCGCUGGCGAAAUCAUUUCUCUGCGGAAUACCUGGGCACACUUCUCGACAUGGUUGUUCCAAAUGUAAUCAAGUGGGCAAAAAAAUUGAAGGCGUACUAACCUAUAGUACCAAUGCGGGAACGCUUAUAUCCAACACUGAUUUUUUGGAACGCAAAUACCCUCAUAGACAUAUCUCUGCUUUUAAGACCAAUUUAUCUCCUCUGGAAAAGAUUAAUAUUAAUAUGAUAACUCAGGUUCCUCUUGAUGUCAUGCAUUUAAUUGAUUUAGGUGUCAUGCGUAAGUUUCUUUUACGAGUAAUCAACAAUAAAUCGAAAAUCACUAAAGAGUUUGUACGAAAACCAAGAAGUUUGGAUGAAAUAUCAAAUUGGAAAGCUACCGAAUUCCGCAUGUUCCUAUUCUAUUUUGGAAUAUAUGUCUUAAAAGAUGAACUUCCCAAUGAUAUUUAUUAUGAAUUCCUGCUUCUGCAUUGUGUUUGUCGGUUAUUGUUCUGCCCUAAAAAUUAUAUUACUAACAUUGAGGUAGGCAGAGAUAUACUAAUAUUGUUUGUAAACAAUUUUGCAGCUGUUUUUGGAGACAAUAGAGUUUCGUACAACGUACAUGGCUUCCUUCAUAUUUCAGAAGAUAUAAGAGAACUGGGCAUACCUUCAACCUAUUCAACCUACUCAUUUGAAAACUAUUUACAAAUUUUAAAAUCAUACGUUAAAAAACCAACUCAAAUUUUGCAACAAAUUACAAAUAUGUUAAAACACGAAAAAAUUGUGACACCUCCAAAAUUUACUGGAUAUCAAAUUAAAAAUUAUUGUAUAAAAAAUUUUCAUUUUGACGAUUUUUCUCUAUCCAGUAAAUUUCCCAAUAAUUACUGUUCUGUUAAACCAUUUCAGUAUAUAGAAAUACAAAACUUUAAAGACGUAAAUAGUAAAAUCAUAAAAGGCAAGAAAUUGUUAAAUUUACAGAGCUUUUUCAUAGAACCAAUUGAUUCUUCCACGUUAGGGAUAUGUACUGCAGACCUCAAUCCGUCGUGCAAUGAAGAGGAAUUUUUACUAGAUGAUGUGGAGUACAAAUUAAUGUGCAUCACAUUAGCGGAGAAAAUUCUGCUUAUUCCGAUUUUACAUACCUGUAUGUAAUUAAACUGACUCUUUCUUUUUACUAUAAGAAUUUUUAUAUUUAUCUAUGAAAACCAAAAUUAACUUUUUUUUCUUUUUGAGCUACUUUUCAAAAAAUAUGGAGCGCGAAAUACCAGCACGGCGUCAAUCCCAGUUAAAAAGGCAAAUUAUGCGACUGACGAAAACAACCUCGAGCAAUG